AUGUCUGAGGAACAAGAAAAGACAUCUAUUGCCUCUGAAAUAGUGGAUGAAACUGCUAACGAAGAAAACGAGGAGGAGAAACUCGAAGAAAACGAGGAGGAACUUGAAGAAAACGAGGAGAAACUUGAAGAAAACGAAGACACUGUGGAAGUGGAAAAAGAAGACCCUGACGAAACUGAAAAAAAUGUUCCUGAAACAUCCCAAAUCAAUGAUCUUAACAAUCCCGAGCUUUUACCAAACAUGACCCCUGCACUUCUUCGACAGACAAUCGCAGAUGAGUUGGAACGUCUGAAAAAUAUGAAACCAGCAGAAUUUGUGGAACGAUUGGAAGAGUUGAAGAAUUUGCAUAAACAUAUUUAUGAAGCUGCCGAAAAAUUUAUCAAAGAGGUUGUGGAACAGGUUCCAACUCUCACACCUAUUUUUAAACUCGUGAGCGAAUUUGAUCAGAAAGCUUGCGAUAAAGCACUGGAAACUACGCUUGAUGACUGGGAAAAUGCUGGCAUCACGUCAGAAGACCGUGAGGGAAUAAUGAAUAGUCUCAAAGAAAGAAUGGUAGAAGCAGCCAAAAUCAAUUUCGAUUUCACCCAUCAAGUAAGUUAUAUUGCGUCACCGUUGACUGUCUGGCGAUUGGCUGCUUGUACUGCUAUCUGGGCAGGUCACAAAGAAUUGAAAAUGGCCUAUGAAAAAGCCAAAUUUAAUUUUGAAGAUACUGAAUCUCUAAUAUCUGGAAGCGAUGAUAAAGAAGAUGCUGAUUUAGCGGACAAUACCGUAAAGGAAGAUGGCCCUGAUUUUGAUGCAUUGGAAGAGGGUCAGGAACAGGAGAAUGAAUUGGACGAAGCUGAGAAAGAGAGGGUAGAUGCAGAAAUUGAAAUUGAGGGUCAGCUGAAUGCGGAAGAAAUAGCAUUGUCAGAGAGACCAGCCCCUAAAGAUUGGGUGAAAUAUUUCUAUACUACUCGAGAAGGUAAUGAGGAGCGUGUAAUCUGCUACGUUCGGGCACCACCAGAUUGCUUGACCAGUGAGGAUCGUUUGAUAUGUACCUUCGGCAACUCCGAUGCAGAAUGGCCCAAUCUCCCUGGUAAUGCCGAGGUUAUCGGUCAUUUCGUUUGCAUUAGACCAAAACAUCCUAAACUCAUUUGCAUCCUACCUGAUGAACCCUGGAUAAUUGGUAUUCCCCAUAACUACGGCAAAAAUCCUACCAGAGAGGUAGUGGUCUACUCGAUGGAGUCAAGCGAUACAGGAAUUGACAACAGGUUAUCAAAAAGGGAUGAUUUAGAACCUCCUCAAACUAUGUGGUUGGAUAUGCCGACAACUGAUGUAACUGUCGAGAAUGGUCAUUACCUUGAAUUCAGACUAUCACGUCUCGCUGUGCCCCUGACCUUUGCUCCAGCUGUGAGAAUUCGUCGAGAUAUUGGAGAAAUUGGCAAACCAGGUGGGAAGAUAACAUCUUUGGUGGACAAAAGGGUCCAGCCCAUAAGUCAGCAUCAUGCUCACAUACUGCGCGACCAAAAUUGGUCAUUGAUGUCUCAGUUCACAUCCUGCAGUGCCAUAGUCACUCUCACUGGACCGAAAAAGAUUCUUUUUGAAAAUGCGAUAAUCACACUGCCCCUAACUGAAUCCAAUCCAACGAAUCAAGUUGCCAUUUUGUCGAAUGCCUCAAUGCCGGAAGCUUUUUAUGGGCGCAAUAAGACGGAUAGCUCCGAAGAGAAUAGUGAAGAAAAGGAAACGAAUGAAGAGGAUAAGGAAGAGGAAAGUGAAGGUAUUGCCAGCAGCAGCGAAUUGGACGCCUUUCAAGCUUCGCUUUUCCUUCCAAAACUCCUUGCCGGAUCUAAUUCUGGUCAUUCUGCGGUGAAUUUAAUGUGGGCUGGUCUAGAAGAUUCCGACUGGCAGAUAUGGAAAAAUGCUGAGAUUUUAGAUACUAAAGAUAAUGAGAUCUACUGUUUUAGCAUAAAUCGCAUCGUUCCUCGAAAAUUUAUGGCUAUAGAGACUAGAACGGCGGUUGAUAGUGAAUGUUUAACCACUAUGGCUCAGUUAUUAGAAAGGAGCAUUUCUCAGCGAAUUGUCUAUGCUUGCUUGAGACAGAAGAAGGAGGAUCCGAGUCAAGUCUGCGUUGCUCUCUGUCUUACAGAGGAUCUUGAAACGACGCUCGAACAGAUGGGUGCCAAAGGCUAUACUGAAGGUGCUAAGGCGAUUGGGCCACUAUUUGUCUAUGAAAGACAGCAAUUCAACAUCACUUUGAAGGGCAAUAUUCGUCUUAAAAAGAUUGAGGUAGAAGAGUUUGAUCCGUCAGCUCAGGUUUCCUGCCAGAAUUACCGAGGUUUUGUGGAAUUUUCCUAUAUGAAUCUUGCUCGAGUCCCAAACAGAAAGGAUAGAACAAAAGGAAGAUUUAUUACCGAACUGCAAAAUGUUGUUCUGUGUCAACUUCUUAUUACUCUCCCAAAAAGAGAUAGUGAUACAGAUACUGAUAAGACAAUUAGUUCAUAUAAAUUUGAAGCAAAUGAUGGGAUAACAAACGAUUCACUAAAACAAAUAGCUAGUAAAUUACCCGAAGACAGUUGGAGAUACCUUGGAUCUGCGCUAAACCUCUCCAGAACGCAACUUCAAGCUAUAGGAGGUAGAGCGGAAUACUCGGGAAAGAACAAAACCCUAACGAUGCUGAGAAGUUGGAUCAAGCAUUUAGCGCUGAAGGAGGACAGAACAGAUAUUCUAAGCAGGGCACUGGCCACGAUAGGUCGAACAGAUUUAAUUAGUACUCUCCACUCUUCUGACGUGAAAAAACAGGUAACGCCCGAAUCAGGAUUAUCACGGAAUUCACAGGCUUCUGCUGCAGUUAAAGAAUAA